CGGGGCCAUGGGCCGACGCUGCGCCCCAAGAGGGUCCUGCUCGUGCUGGAAUCCGAGGCCUGGGCUGCGGACCCUCCGGGUUCCCACCCUGGGGCCAGCCGCCCCUGCCCGGGCUGGGUGAGGGGUUCCCGCCCUGCUCUAGAGGCGGAGCGGAGGCCGCGCACGGCCAGCCGAGCAUCUUCAGGAUGCUCAUCAAGGAAUACCACAUCCUGCUGCCCAUGAGCCUAGAUGAGUACCAGGUAGCCCAGCUCUACAUGAUCCAGAAAAAGAGCCGCGAGGAGUCAAGCGGUGAGGGCAGUGGAGUGGAGAUCCUGGCUAACAGGCCGUACACAGAUGGGCCAGGAGGCAGCGGGCAGUAUACACACAAGGUGUACCACGUGGGCUCCCACAUCCCUGGUUGGUUCCGGGCGCUACUGCCCAAGGCCGCCCUUCAGGUAGAGGAGGAAUCCUGGAAUGCUUACCCCUACACCCGAACUCGGUACACCUGCCCCUUUGUGGAGAAGUUCUCCAUUGAGAUAGAGACCUAUUAUCUGCCUGAUGGAGGGCAGCAGCCAAACGUCUUCAACCUGAGUGGGGCUGAGAAGAGACAGCGCAUCCUGGACACCAUUGACAUUGUGCGAGAUGCAGUGGCUCCGGGCGAGUACAAAGCAGAAGAGGACCCCCGACUGUACCGCUCAGUUAAGACUGGCCGUGGGCCGCUGGCUGACGACUGGGCGCGGACAGCAGCCCAGACAGGACCCCUCAUGUGUGCCUAUAAGCUGUGUAAGGUUGAGUUCCGCUACUGGGGCAUGCAGGCCAAGAUUGAGCAGUUCAUCCAUGAUGUUGGUCUGCGCCGGGUAAUGCUUCGUGCCCACCGCCAGGCCUGGUGCUGGCAGGAUGAGUGGACAGAGCUGAGCAUGGCUGACAUCCGGGCACUGGAGGAGGAGACGGCUCGCAUGCUGGCCCAGCGAAUGGCUAAGUGCAACACAGUCAGUGAGGGGCCUGAGGUCCAGACCCCUGGGAAAUCCAGCACGGAGGCCCGAUCUGGGGCUAGCAAUGCUGGAACUCCUGAUGAUCCUGAGACCCUGCCUGGACCUGAUGCCUCGCCCGAUGCCAGCUUCGGGAAGCAGUGGUCCUCAUCCUCCCGCUCUUCCUACUCAUCCCAACAUGGAGGAGGCGUGUCUCCCCAGAGCUUGUCUGAGUGGCGCAUGCAGAACAUCGCCCGUGACUCUGAAAACAGCUCCGAAGAUGAGUUCUUUGACGCCCAUGAAGGCUUUUCGGACAGUGAUGAGGUCUUCCCCAAGGAGAUGACCAAAUGGAACUCUAAUGACUUCAUAGACGCCUUUGCCUCCCCAACCGAGGUGGAAGGGGUACCAGAUCCCAGAAUUGAGGCUACCAAAGGCAUAGAAGAUGGGACCAGAGCACCCAGGGACUCAGAGGGCCCAGAUGGAGCUGGGGAGCUCGGGGCUGAGGCGUGCGCUGUGCAUGCCCUCUUCCUCAUCCUCCACAGUGGCAGCAUCUUGGACUCAGGCCCUGGAGAUGCCAACUCCAAACAGGCUGACGUGCAGACGCUGAACUCGGCCUUCGAGGCAGUCACCCGCAUCCACUUCCCCGAGGCUCUGGGCCACGUGGCGCUGCGACUGGUGCCCUGCCCACCCAUCUGUGCAGCCGCCUAUGCCCUUGUCUCCAACCUGAGCCCCUACAGUCAUGAUGGUGACAGCCUGUCCCGCUCCCAGGACCACAUCCCACUGGCUGCCCUGCCACUGCUGGCCACCUCGUCCUCCCGCUACCAGGGCGCUGUGGCCACCGUCAUCACUCGCACCAACCAGGCCUACGCGGCCUUCCUGCGCUCAUCAGAGGGCACUGGUUUCUGCGGGCAGGUGGUGCUGAUUGGAGACGGAGUUGGUGGCAUCCUGGGCUUUGAUGCGCUCUGCCACAGUGCCAACGUGGGCACAGGGAGUCGGGGCAGCAGCCGCCGUGGGAGCAUGACCAAUGAGCUGCUCUCCCCAGAGGUCGGCCCAGCACGGGACCCACUGGCAGAUGGGGUAGACACGCUGGGUCGGGCUAGCCCAGAACCCUCAUCCCUGCCUACUCAGCGUACCUCCAGUGACAUAGCCAGUCCUGAGCCUGAGAGUUCUCAAAACAGCCUACAGGUUGCCCCCACAGCCACCUCCUCCGGGGAUCCCCGGCGGGCAAGCACAGCCUCCUGCCCAGCUGCUGCCAGUUCUGAGGCUCCUGAUGGCCCCAUUAACGCUGCACGCCUGGACUUCAAGGUCUCCGGCUUCUUCCUGUUUGGCUCCCCACUGGGCCUGGUGCUGGCUCUGCGCAAAACUGUGAUGCCUGCCUUGGAGGUGGCCCAGAUGCGCCCAGCCUGUGAACAGAUCUACAACCUCUUCCAUGCAGCCGACCCCUGCGCCUCCCGUCUAGAGCCCUUGCUGGCUCCCAAGUUUCAGGCCAUUGCCCCGCUGGCUGUGCCUCGCUACCAAAAGUUUCCCCUGGGAGAUGGCUCGUCCCUGCUGCUGGCUGACACUCUGCAGACCCACUCGGGUCUUUUCCUGGAAGAGCUGGAGAUGAUGGUGCCCUCCACACCCACCUCGACCAGCGGUGCUUUCUGGAAGGGCAAUGAGUUAGGCAGUGAGCCAGCAGCCCCCAGCACCACGGGUGAGGUGGUUAAGAUCCUGGAGCGCUGGUGGGGGACCAAGCGGAUCGACUACUCGCUGUACUGCCCUGAGGCCCUCACUGCCUUUCCUACGGUCACGCUGCCCCACCUCUUCCACGCCAGCUACUGGGAGUCUGCUGAUGUGGUGGCCUUCAUUCUGCGUCAGGUGAUUGAGAAGGAACGGCCACAGUUGGCAGAGUGUGAGGAGCCAUCCAUCUACAGUCCUGCCUUCCCCAGGGAGAAGUGGCAGCGCAAACGCACACAGGUUAAGAUCCGGAAUGUCACCUCCAACCAUCGGGCAAGCGACAUAGUAGUGUGUGAGGGCCGUCCCCAGGUGCUGAAUGGACGUUUCAUGUACGGGCCCUUGGAUGUGGUCACGCUCACUGGAGAGAAGGUGGAUGUUUAUGUCAUGACACAGCCACUGUCAGGCAAGUGGAUUCACUUUGGUACUGAGGUCACCAACAGCUCAGGCCGUCUCACCUUUCCAGUGCCCUCGGAGCGGGUGCUGGGCAUCGGUGUCUACCCAGUGCGCAUGGUGGUCAGGGGCGACCACACCUACGCUGAGUGCUGUCUGACUGUGGUGGCCCGUGGCACAGAAGCUGUGGUCUUCAGCAUCGAUGGCUCUUUCACCGCCAGUGUCUCCAUCAUGGGCAGUGACCCCAAAGUGCGUGCAGGGGCUGUGGAUGUGGUCAGGCACUGGCAGGACUCAGGCUACCUGAUUGUGUACGUCACGGGCCGGCCUGAUAUGCAGAAGCACCGUGUGGUGGCCUGGCUAUCACAGCACAACUUCCCCCACGGCGUUGUCUCCUUCUGUGAUGGCCUCACCCACGACCCGUUGCGCCAGAAAGCGAUGUUUCUGCAGAGCCUGGUGCAGGAGGUAGAACUGAACAUUGUGGCUGGCUAUGGGUCCCCCAAAGACGUUGCAGUGUAUGCGGCGCUGGGCCUGUCCCCGAGCCAGACCUACAUUGUGGGCCGUGCUGUGCGAAAGCUGCAGGCUCAGUGCCAGUUCCUGUCAGAUGGCUACGUGGCCCACUUGGGCCAGCUGGAAGCAGGCUCCCACACUCAUGCCUCCUCUGGGCCUCCAAGGACUGCUCUGACCAAGAGCAGCUAUGCUGUGGCUGCCCCUGUGGACUUCCUCCGCAAACAGAGCCAGCUGCUUCGCUCCAGAGGGCCCAGCCAGGCUGACCGUGAGGGCCCAGGAACACCACCCACCACCCUGGCCCGGGGCAAGGCCCGUAGCAUCAGCCUGAAGUUGGACAGCGAAGAGUGAGCCCACUGUGGCUGGACAUAGGUUAUUUAUUGAUACUCAAGGGGUCUCAAGGGCUGUGUGUAGGAGACUGGAGGCCUAGACCUUGAGCCCCAAACCUGGCCCCACACCCUGUACCUGUCUGCCUCUCAGUGUUACUUCCCUUUCAUGGGGGGGGGC